AUGUCCGACACAGGCCUUCCUCCCGACUGGGAGGUGCGACACUCCAAUUCCAAGAAUCUUCCAUACUACUUCAACUCCAAGUCUCACGAGUCGCGAUGGGAGCCGCCCGAGGAUGCCGACACCGAAAAGCUCAAGAUCUAUAUGGCUCAGCACCAUAGUGCGUCCUCAACCCGAGUCGAUGGCUCCGCAGGCGAUGGCAAGAUUCGUGCCGCCCAUCUACUCGUUAAGCACAAUGGCAGCCGGCGGCCUUCAAGCUGGAAAGAGCAGAACAUCACGCGGUCCAAAGAAGAGGCCAUGAAAAUCUUACAGGGCUACGAACAGCAGAUCAACUCGAAUCAGACUACCCUUGGCGACCUGGCCGUCUCCGAGUCCGAUUGUACCAGCGCUCGCAAGAGGGGCGACUUGGGCCUGUUCGGCAAGGGUCAAAUGCAGAAGGAAUUUGAAGACGCUGCUUUCGCCCUUAAGCCGGGCGAGAUGAGUGGCAUCGUUGAGACUGCCUCGGGGCUGCAUCUCAUUCAACGGUUUGUUCUCGACCUAGGCAAUGCAUGA